CUAAAGAAAAUAUGAAUUUUAAACAAACCAAUUUAAUUCAGCAAACAUUAAAUUUAGCAAUUAAUAAAAAUAAAUCAAGAAAAUUUAUAAUCAAUGAUCUAGUUUUGGCAUUUGCUAAUGCUAAUAUACCCUUAGAAAACGUUGAUAAACUUCUUUUAUGA